AUGGGGUAUAACAUCAAACAGAAAAUUGAAAUCUGCCUAAAGGCAGAGGCUGAACCACACUUGACCCAGAUGGAUUUGGCCCAUUGGGCCAUGAAGCAGUAUGGAUCGUCCAAGCCACCGUCACAGACGACAAUCUCGCGAAUUUUGAGCUCUAAGAACGAUAUUAUUGGCUCCAAAGAGGCGGACUUCCUGUUAGUACGCCGUAGAAAACAAACCAAUCCGCUUCUACGAAAGAUCUUGACUGAAUGGAUUACUCAGGCCCAUUGGGAGCAGAUCCCCAUUACGACGCCAAUUAUACAACUGACAGCUUAUGCCAUAUGGACCAGACUACCAACUAGAAUGAAAGACGGCAACGGCUUGUUCAACCACAAGUGGUGCAAUAAUUUUGUCAAGAAACUUAACAUCAACUUGACGGGGACUCCAGAGACCAUCAGAGAGAAUUUGGGGUACAAGUUGAAUAAAGAAUGGAAACUAGACGAGAAACUCGAAUUGAAGAACUACAUUCGCGACCUAAUAGCGAAAGAGAACUAUUCUCCGCGCGAUAUUUUCACCAUUGACGAGUUCUCAUUGUUCUAUCUGCUUCCGCUAGACCAAAUCUUCGAUAUUCUGUCUAUUGACAAGGGUCUCAAGCAGUCGAGCUCAUCUACGGAGAAUAUGCUCACUAUAAUGUUGGGAUGCAAUGUAGACGGCUCGGAAAAGCUCAAUCCACUUGUGGUAUCUAAGCAUGAGACCUUUGACGUGUCUGAUAGCUGCCAUGCUAGCCUUAAGGCAAAUAACAUUGCUCUGCUUACACCUCAGGCACUCAUUAAUAAGGUGGGCGAGGUCUACCUGAUCACAUACAAGUCAAACAACAACAAAUGGAUCACUUCAAGCAUGUUUCAGGAUUACUUGUUGACGCUUGACCACAAGCUCGAGAAUAGCACUCCUAACAGAAAUAUUCUCAUUUUGUUAGACAAUAGCUCGUCUCACCGCAUGAUAAACCUUGAGUUCAAGCACAUCAGACUCGUUUAUCUCGAAAAUACAUCCAAGCACAAGAAUCCUUUCAAUGGUUCAAACAGCGCUAAAUUUGAUUAUUUGCCUAUGAGUUUCGGAAUUGUUGAGGAAUUCAAGAUCUUGUACAGAUUACAACAAUAUUUGGAGAUGAUCAAUAAGCAAAGGCGGAACAUCGAGCUGGAUCAGAGCACGCUGCCAGUCCUGGGCUCUUCGUUAAAUCUACCCAAAAUAGAGGGCGCAAAUAAUUCUGAGGUGCUCUCGGAAUCUGAUUACCAGGUUCCUUUCAUAAAAGUCAUCGAGUGGAUCCGACGCUCUUGGGAGUCCAUCCGCCCCCAAAUAAUAUUUCGGGCAUGGAAGCAGACAUAUCUUUUGAGCUUGACGCAACCAUGGCCUGCUUCUAAUCCGCAAGUGGUUCAACAAGCAAAGCAAAGCUUGAACCCUCUCCUUGAAAGUCUCAAGGUUGAUGACAGUCAAAAAAGUUACAAAAAGCUCAAUGAAAUCAUGGACUACUUGAACGUGGUGAUUCGCUGGGAAAUCGACGACUUGUUAGGACUCGUCAACGAGCGAAGUAAAGUUAGUUUAAGUUACGCAUCUAUCGAAGAAAUCAUCGGAAGUUGUGUUCUGGGCCAGGCAGUGGACGAAGACGAGUCGAAGGAAACAAAGACUUUUCCACAACCAGAUAUGAUUCAGGAUUCUUGGCUAUCGCCAGAAACACCUGGAAUUACACUUCCUGAACCGAAAUUCAACGCUAAUUUCUCAUCUCGCAUACCUGAUCACUCAAGAAAAACAUCUACGUCCUCCAUGCCUAUCUCGUUGGCUCCGAUGUCUCCAAUCACAUAUGUUCCUCAGACCCACCCACGCAUUCCACCGAAUAUGCCCUUAAGUCAGAUUGGUCUGAAUUCGAAGUUUCGAGAUGUUCCUUCCAAUGAGUAUGCUGGAGGCAGUCCGGGUUCCAUGAACAUGAAUGCAUUAUUGAUGGCUACCAGUAUGUCUAAACAUGACGACAAGCAACAAAGCUUCUCACCACUUGCCCCCAUUAAGCAAGAUAUUCUCCCACCAGUUCUCUCCCGGGUGGAAAUGAACGGUGUACAGCUUCCUGAACGCAGGGGCCGCAUUGGAGAUUUUGAUGACUUGCAUUCUAGAAAACGGGCUCACUAUUAUCAUCCAAAUAAUCAGGGUGGUCAGAACUCGCCGGCAUACUUCCCAAUUAACUCAGUCAACGUGCUGUCUUUAUCAAAUGAACUCAACACAGACUUCACGAGAAAUUUUAAUGCAGGGUUCCCAGGCAAUCUCGGAAAUCUCAGACAGCAGUUGAACGAGCGAGUUUCUAAUCCUUCUUCUCUGGAUGGAGCCAAUGAUGCUGAGCUAAUCAAUGUGCUCAACAGAAUCAUUGACGCCUCUGACACUGAAGGACUCAAGUUAUCGUCUUUUGCAUUGGAGGAGCUCAAGUCUAAUCUCUCAAAAAUCCAGCACAAGUAUGGGGCUAACGAGUCACCCUCGGAACUCUAA